AGCCUUCAAAUCAUAUAACAGAUUUCAAGUUCAGUUGGGUUUCUGCUGUUCGCUUUUUUUCCAAUCCAAGUUCCGGAGACAGAGACAGCAACCUCAGCUCAGAUUUACUGAAACCCAAUUGCUCUGUCAUAACAAUGGCAACAGACACCCAAGAUUUGCCGCAGGCAUCUGUGCAGAACAUUCUGGACCAGGAGUCCCUCAAGUGGGUGUUUGUUGGUGGCAAAGGAGGCGUCGGAAAAACUACAUGCAGUUCGAUUCUUUCGAUCCUCCUAUCUCGGGUCCGCCAAUCGGUUCUGAUCAUAUCAACCGAUCCUGCUCAUAACCUCAGCAAUGCCUUUCAGCAACGCUUCACAAAAACGCCUACUUUGGUUAAUGGGUUUACAAAUCUAUAUGCCAUGGAGGUGGAUCCUGCUGUUGAAAAUGAAGAAGUGGGUGGUACAGACGGAAUGGACAGUUUGUUUUCUGAGUUGGCAAAUGCAAUUCCUGGAAUUGAUGAGGCAAUGAGUUUUGCAGAGAUGCUGAAAUUGGUGCAAACAAUGGAUUAUUCAGUGAUAGUAUUCGACACUGCCCCAACCGGGCAUACACUUCGACUAUUGCAGUUUCCGGCAACCUUGGAGAAGGGACUUGCAAAAGUGAUGUCAUUGAGAAAUAGAUUUGGUGGCAUAAUGAGCCAGAUGACUCGUCUCUUUGGUAUUGAUGAUGAAUUUGCAGAGGAUGCAAUUUUGGGCAGGCUAGAAGGCAUGAAAGAUGUGAUUGAACAAGUGAAUAAGCAGUUCAAAGACCCAGACUUGACAACAUUUGUCUGUGUUUGCAUACCGGAGUUCCUCUCUCUCUAUGAAACAGAAAGGCUGGUGCAGGAACUAACCAAGUUUGAGAUAGACACACACAAUAUUAUAAUUAACCAAGUACUUUUUGAUGAAGAAGAUGUUGAUUCCAAAUUGCUAAGAGCAAGAAUGCGGAUGCAACAAAAGUACAUUGAUCAGUAUUACAUGCUGUAUGAUGACUUCCACAUCACUAAACUGCCACUACUGCCUGAAGAGGUUACUGGAGUUGAGGCUCUGAAGGCAUUUUCGCAGCAUUUUCUCACACCGUAUCAACCUCCCGUUGGUAACUAUACAGUGGAAGAACUAGAGCAGAAAGUAUCUAUGCUAGGGCAACGGUUGCAAGAUGCUGAGGCUGAGCUAGACAGACUCCGUAAAGGAAAACAAAAGGCCUGAUCAUGCAACAUUGCUACCACUGCUCAUUUUUUCCCUUGACCAUUUUUUCCAAGUUUAGCACAUAAGGAGUUUUUCUAUUUUGUUGUUGGAUGAUGUUUCUUAGCAUAAUUUAUUUGACAGUUAUUUUAUGUAACUUUUUAGCAAUGACAUGCAUUCUUCCCCUUUGGCACUGAUUCUGAAAGAUGUCUGUUUUCCUUCAGUCUCCAUUUUCCCUGGUGCCUAGGGGAAACUUCUGACUUGUUUUGUACUAAUAACUUCUAUAUAUUGAA